AUACAACCAGUCUUAAUGAUACAAACACCACGGGGGUUCCUUCCUAUGGAACUGCACCAACACUCACCUCGCAAACACCUAUUUCAACUGGUACAGCACCGACACUCACCUCGCAAAUGAUGGAAACACCUGUUUCGACUGGCACUGCUCCGACACUCACCUCGCAACUGACGCAAACACCUAUUUCGACUGUACAGCCAGUGCUAAUGAACGUAGCCUUUAACAAGACAGCGAUGUUAAGUACCAUUUGGUCACCUUCCUACCCAGCAUCCAAUGCAGUGGAUGGUAAUACUAACACAAACUGGUAUCAGGGUAAAAGUUGUACUUCCACACGCAAGGAAACUGGUGCCUGGUGGAAAGUUGAUCUUGGUGCCAAUUACCUUGUAUUUAAUGUAAUUCUUACUAAUCGCCAAGGUUGUUGUGAAACGCGUAUUUUGAACAGCGAGGUUAGAAUUGGUUUAUCGGAUUUCAUAUCUAAUAAUACCCGCUGCGGUGAAUUAGUUACACUAGAACAAACCAGUCAGUCAGACAUCGUAUUUGAAUGUGACAGUCCGAUUGUUGGACGUUACGCCAGUCUGCAGCUUGUGGACAGAACUGAUCUUCUUAACCUUUGUGAAAUGCAAGUGAUGGCAAUAGAAAAUAUUGCUGUAAAUGGAAUUGCCAGCCAGAGUACUACUGCUUCUGGAGGACUGCCAGUUCGUGCAAUAGAUGGAAAUGAUUCUUCGAUGUAUGGUCAAGAGAGUUGCAUGCACACGAUAAAGCAACUAAACAGUUGGUGGAAAGUAGAUUUGGAAUCAACUUACGAUAUUUUUAAAGUGGUUAUAACGAAUCGUGGAGAUUGUUGCGAAGAUAGAAUUGAUGGUGCUGUAGUUUUGAUUGGGGACGAUCCUCAUAUAAGCCAAAAUCACCAAUGUGGUGUUCAAAUAGACUGGAAUUCCAACACAUAUGAAGAAAGAAUUCCCUUUGAUUGUCAGCUGAGUGGUCGUUAUGUUGGUGUACAACUAAAAGACCAUAACAAUUGGUUAACUUUAUGUGAAGUAGAAGUUUAUGGCUCUUAA